UGAGGGCUGUAAACGUGGCAAUGUGAUUUUUAUGGUGGUUGCAGGUGGUUUGGGGGCAGAACUAAAUAGGCUGAUGUACAAUAUGGUCAGCUCUAACAUGUUCCUUAUUUCUGUUUGUGGAGAAAAGGAAUGCGAUUGCUAGUGUGUGUAUGUGUGUGCGUGGGGGUGUUGGGAGGUAGACUGGUCCUCUGUGAGGGGAACACUGGGGGUGGGGGGUGAGGCUGCUCUUGGCUGCCGCUGUUUGGGGUGAUGUUGGAGACAUGUGGGAGAGGGGAUUUGCCAUAUUACAGCAAUCUGACUGCACAGAAUGAGGAGACGGCCAGAUUGGGGGUGAUGGGCCACCAAGCAGUUCCUAGAGGAGAUCAACAAGUGGACAGCACAGAAUGGAAUGUCUCCUCUAUCAUGGAAUGCCGGAGUCAAGUUUCUAAUGGCCAGAAAAUUUGAUGUACACCGAGCUAUUGAACUCUUCCACUCUUACCGGGAAACAAAGUUGAAAGAAGGGAUUGUGGAGUUGAAGCCACACGAGGAGCCUCUCCGAUCGGAACUGCUGAGUGGCAAAUUUACCAUUCUGAGUGUUCGGGAUCGUUCAGGAGCUUCCAUCGCCCUUUUCACUGCCAAGUUACACCAGCCCAAUAAGACCUUACAGCACGUAGUCCUGCAGGCACUGUUUUACCUGCUGGAUCAAGCCAUCGAAAGCUUUGAAACUCAACGCAAUGGGCUGGUGUUCAUUUAUGACAUGGCAGGAUCUGCCUACACCAACUUUGAAUAUGAUCUCAGUAAGAAAAUCCUCCACUUGCUGAAGGGAGCCUUUCCUGCUCGUUUGAAAAAAGUCUUCAUUGUGGGUGCACCGGUCUGGUUCCGCUUCCCCUAUUCCGUUCUAAGCCUGAUCCUCAAAGAGAAGCUACGAGAGAGAGUACAGAUGGUGAAGACCCAUGAGCUGAAGCAGCACCUGCCUGGGGACUGCCUGCCGGAGCACCUAGGGGGUGCUGUCCGACUCGAUCAUUCCAGCUGGAACCGCCAGUUCCUGGCCUUGCCGAACGGGCAGCCUGAGUCACUGGACAAGCUCAUCACAGGCUUCUCAAGGGAGGAAGAGUCUGUGCACGUCCCAGGGCUGGAGGGGAUGACAGUGGAGGAACUCUUAGACCACGUCAACACGGUGCAGAAACGGGGCAUCUAUGAAGAAUAUGAAGACAUUCGUCGUGAAACCCCUCCUGGCACAUUCAACUGCUCAUUGCAACCAUACAACCAGCAGAAGAAUCGAUAUGGGGACGUCCUGUGUUUGGACCAAACACGAGUGAAGUUGAAAUCCCUCAAUCACGAUGAGAGGACGGAUUACAUCAAUGCCAGUUUCAUGGAUGGUUACAAACAAAAGAAUGCUUUUAUUGGCACACAAGGACCUUUAGAGAAGACCUAUCAUGAUUUCUGGAGAAUGGUUUGGGAGCAGAAUGUCCUGGUCAUUGUCAUGACAACACGAGUGGAUGAGAGCGGUCGGAAGAAAUGUGGGCAGUACUGGCCGCUGGAGCAGCACACACAGGGAAACUACGGACUGAUUUCUGUCAGAAACAUGUCAGUAGAAAUCUUCAAGCAUUAUAACAAAACCACACUUGAGAUCCGCAAUGGAGAGACCUAUGAAGGACGGAAGGUAAUCCAUUUCCAGUACCUGAGUUGGCCUGAUUAUGGAGUUCCCUCCUCAGCCGCGGCUCUCAUUGACUUCCGCUCGGCGGUGCGGCGGCAGCAGGAGCUGUGUGUGCGGGCUGUGAGCGGAGGCUGGCGGGGGCACCCAGGAGGGCCCCCCAUCCUAGUGCAUUGCAGUGCUGGCAUUGGGAGAACUGGGACCCUGUGUACGCUGGAUAUCUGCCUUUCUCAGCUGCAGGAUGUGGGAACGCUCAAUGUUUACCAAACCGUGAGGAGGAUGCGAGGCCAGAGAGCGUUCAGUAUUCAGACCCCCGACCAAUACUACUUCUGUUACACCGCCAUCAUCGAGCACGCUCAACGGCAACACCUGCUGCCAACCAAUCAUUAACAACACAAUCCAUUCCUGCCCCCAAACACAUCCACAGAUACCACUUCUGCAGAGAUGAGCUCUACUAAUAUACCCAAACUACCCCAGUAGACGUACGUCCACCUUUUGUGAUUGUAGGAGCGCCUAGUUUUAGAAGUUAUAGCCUUAAAUAUUUGGAUAAAACUUAUUUUACACUGGUGUAAUAAUGCCAACACACCAGUACCUGUCUUCAUGAAGCAUAUAGACUUUCUUGAAGAAAGUAUGUUGCAAUUCAUUUAUUCCAAUAAUAUAGCAUAAGAAAUUAAGCCUCCGGUACAGCAGCCUCCAACGCCAUUGAGAAAUGAAAGUAAUAAUGGUCGACUGAAGACACAAUCUCUCAGCUCUGGUGUUGCAACAAAUUGGAUUUUCAGUAACGUAAUGAAAUGUGUUGUCUGUGGACCAAACGCUUUUGGGGGGAACAAAACUUUAUCACAAAAAAACAGAAAAACUUACCUCAAUGGUUCCCUGAGGUUGGGCAGCAAACACCAAUACGUGCCGUUACCUCGAACUGGGGGGAUCCUGACGGGGACCCCACUUCAACUGUGACCCACAAACCGUUUACAAGAUUUGUUGGAGAGCAAACCUGCCAUCAGCCAAGCUGUAUACUCUUUAUGUCACUGAUGUGUGUGCCUGUGAGAGGAGGCGUUUCCUCUUUGUGCCUUCUUAUAGUCCUUUAUCUUAGCUCAAGCUGCAACAUCCGAGCAGCGAAACAUUACUAGAAGCUACACCCUCUCUCAGUCAGGGAACAAGACCCGUCUGCUUUGGUUUUACAUUCAGUCGGUGGCCAUUGACUAAGGUGUUGUUGACAAUGAAGCUUCUCACGUUGGCACGAGCCAAAUCCUUAUUGUGAGAAGCUACAGUUUGUCUUCUCCCC